AAAACAGCUGAGAAUAGGCAAUGUAUGCAAUAGACUGUAGUGUUUGAAUUGGCUAAAUUGUGUUAAGAAUAUUUUUUUGUAGUGUUUCCUGAACUUAAUUAUUUUUCUUUUCGUUUUUAAUUGUCAAAGUUACUUCGGCAGAUAAAGUAUGCUGUUUGUUAUCCACGAACCUCAAGCCACAAUCAGAGUAGCCUACAGUGUGACGACAGCAGCGGAACUAUCUGCUUUCAAUUCAAAAUGGCAGCGUCUAUCAGGAAGUGAAGAAACAACUGAAAAUAAUAAGUUGGAUCAAAUUCCUUGUUUCGGUUAAUUUAACUCAGGAAUUCGAUUGAAAACAUACGUGCGAUCUGAGCUGGGAUUUAGAAUAAGUAACACAUUCGUGAUCCUCUCUGUGUGUCCGUGCCGCUCCAUGGAAAUGGCGUGAUGGAAUGUGCUGGGCAUUAGUAGGAGCGCUGUAGGACACAGCCAGCAUACGUAAGUGAAGGUCAGGGGUCAUGUGUCAGCCUGCAGCCUGAUGCCCACACUCCCGUCACCCUCACUGGCCAUGGACGGGGAGAACUACCUGCACCCAGAGGGGCCGCAGCUGGACAGCAGCAUGUUCGAAGUGGCCUCUUCCAAUAUGGAGAGUUCUAUGUAUCCUUCUGCUUCCUGGGGAUCAUUCUCACAGCAGUCUGGAGGCUACAGCGCACACUGCCCUAUGCAAUCUGGAAACCAGCAAUACCACUUGAAUGACACCAUGCCGGAUAUGCACAUCGACAUGUUCAGCCAUUCUGGGUUCCAUGACGAUUUCCCCUGCCUCAACCUCCCCAGAAACGGAGGCUUCCCUCAGGACCUGUCCUGCAUCGAUGACCUCUCCAACAACUCUCUGUUCUCCUCUCCGGCCGACUCUCUGUCAGAGUACGCCGAUGCCCAGGACUUCAUCCACGCAGACAACCUGGCCCACGUGCCUACGCUAUGGGACAUAAACACACCAGCACAAAGCCAGCUGGAGCUAAAUGCCAACAGGUUUCAGGGUUUGAGCAGUUUGGAGGAUAUCUCUGCCAUUAUCAGCACCCCACCUUUGGGAGGAUACCAGGUUCAGAGAACCCAGACUCCGGCAGAAGAGGAGGAGGAGGAGGAGGAGACCGAGGAGCUGGGACAUGUAGACACCUACGCCGACUACAAACCAUCCAAAUCUACCAUAGGGAUCUCCCACCCAGACAUAGUGGUGGAGACCAACACGCUGUCCAGCGUCCCUCCUCCUGACAUCACCUACACUCUAUCCAUUCCUAACCUCACCAUCAACUGUGGCCUGCUCUCUGCCCUGCAACUCGAGGCCAUCAUCUACGCCUGCCAGCAACAUGAGGUGAUCCUGCAGAACAACCAGAGAGCAGGCUUCCUGAUAGGAGACGGGGCCGGAGUGGGGAAGGGCCGUACGGUGGCCGGCAUCAUCCUGGAGAAUUACCUUAAAGGAAGGAAGAAAGCACUAUGGUUCAGUGUGUCCAAUGACCUGAAAUACGACGCAGAGAGAGAUCUCAAAGACAUAAAUGCUCCCACUAUUCCUGUGCAUGCCUUAAACAAGAUAAAGUAUGGCGACACAGCUACCUCAGAAGGAGUCCUGUUUGCGACAUACUCUGCUCUGAUUGGUGAGAGUCAAGCAGGAGGGCAGCGCCGCACCAGACUCAAGCAGAUCCUGGACUGGUGCAAGCCCGGCUUUGACGGCGUCAUUGUGUUUGACGAAUGCCACAAGGCUAAGAAUGCCACGUCCACCAAGAUGGGCAAGGCCGUGCUGGACCUGCAGCACAAGCUGCCCCUGGCCAGGGUGGUUUAUGCCAGUGCCACAGGUGCCUCUGAGCCAAAGAACAUGAUUUAUAUGAGCCGCCUGGGGAUCUGGGGCGACGGCACGCCUUUCAAGACCUUUGAUGAUUUCCUGCACGCCAUCGAGAAGAGGGGUGUGGGCGCCAUGGAGAUUGUUGCAAUGGACAUGAAGGUGAGUGGGAUGUACAUCGCCCGGCAGCUGAGCUUCUCAGGGGUGUCCUUCCGCAUUGAGGAAAUCAGCCUGGACGAUGACUUCAAACUGGUCUACAACAAAUCUGCCAAACUGUGGGCGGAGACUCUGGCUGUGUUCAUGCGUGCAGCGGAUGAGCUGUGCUUGGUCAGCAGGAAGUCCCUGUGGGGUCAGUUCUGGUCUUCUCACCAGCGCUUCUUCAAAUACCUCUGCAUCGCCGCCAAGGUCCGCUGCCUGGUGGAGCUGGCCAAUAAGGAGCUGGAGGCUGGCAAGUGCAUUGUGAUUGGUCUACAGUCUACAGGAGAGGCCCGAACCAGAGAGGUCCUGGAUGAGAACGAUGGACACCUGGACAGAUUCGUAUCCGCAGCAGAGGGGGUGUUCAAAGCUCUGGUACAGAAACACUUUCCCUCUGAGAAGCCGAGGAGAGAGAAAGCGCCUGGAAACAAGAGAAAACGUAAGCCCAGGGGCCGGCAGCCCAAGUUCCCAAAGCACACCAUGGUGGAUCCGGGGGGUGUAAUCAACAUCAGUGACGACAGCAGCACGGACACGGACGGCAUGGACACCGACUCCAACUCCUCACCCGACUCCCUGCUGGACAACAACAACGACGACGACGUCAUCUUCGUCGACACCAGGAUAGAGGAGAUGAAGCAGGACCUCCUGAACAAGAUCGCUGACCUGGGGAAGGAGCUACCUCUGAACACUCUGGAUGAACUCAUCGACAAGUUGGGAGGUCCAGAGAAAGUCUCGGAGAUGACUGGUCGUAAGGGGCGUGUGGUGCGACGGCCUGACGGGAGCGUGCGCUACGAGUCGCGUGCGGAGCAGAGCCAUACCAUCGACCACAUCAACCUUAAGGAGAAGGACCGCUUCAUGUGCGGAGAGAAGCUGGUGGCCAUCAUCUCAGAGGCGGCCAGCUCGGGCAUCUCCCUGCAGGCAGACAAGCGGGUGAAGAACCAGUGUCGGAGGGUCCACAUGACGCUGGAGCUGCCCUGGAGUGCAGACAGAGCCAUUCAGCAGUUUGGUCGUACCCAUCGCUCCAACCAGGUGACGGCUCCAGAGUACAUCUUCCUCAUCUCUGAGCUGGCCGGGGAGAGACGCUUUGCCUCCAUCGUGGCCAAGAGACUGGAGAGCCUGGGUGCAUUGACCCACGGUGACAGGAGAGCCACAGAGUCCAGAGACCUGAGCAAAUACAACUUUGAAAACAAGUAUGGUACCAAGGCUCUAGAUAAGAUCACCAAAGCCAUCCUGGGUCACAUUGAGAGCAAGGUGUCCCCUCCCAAAGGCUACCCCGGGGGCGAUUCCCUGUUUUUCAGAGACAUGAAGCAUGGCAUGAUGGACGUGGGCAUCUUCUGCAAGGAGCCUCGCUUUGGUCUCAGUACUGAGAAAGACUGCAGCAUCACCAAGUUCCUCAACAGGAUCCUGGGCCUGGAGGUCCACAAGCAGAACUCUCUGUUCCAGUACUUCACUGACAACUUUGACUACCUGAUCGAAAAGGACAAGAAGGAGGGCAAAUACGACAUGGGCAUCUUAGAUCUGGCCCCAGGUAACGAUGAAAUCUAUGAGGAGAAACAGGAAACCUUCAUGACAGUGGGUAACCCCCAGGACGGACAGGUUGUGCUCUACAAGAUAAGCGUGGAUAGAGGGAUGCCCUGGGAGGAGGCCUACGAGAAGGCCCAGGAGAAGGCCCAGAACCUCAACAGUCCUGACGAAGGCUUCUACCUCUCCUACAAGUUGCGGGGGAACCACCCUUGUGUGCUGCUGGCGGAGCAGGGCCGAGGGAGGAACUUCAUUGUCUACAAGCCCAACAUCGGCAAGCAGGCCCACCCAGAGAGCCUGGACAACCUGCAGCAACGCUACCGCAAGGUGACCCCAGACCAGGCCAAGGACAGCUGGGAGAGCCAGUUCAAUUUCUCCUUUGGGAAAUGUAGCCAUGCUAACUGGAACGGGAAGUGUAAGAAGAUCGAGGAGGGACAAGAGUGUCUGCAGGGUAUGCGUCUGCGCCAGUACCACAUGCUGUGCGGGGCGCUGCUGCGUGUCUGGAAGCGUGUGGCUGACGUGGUCUCUGACAUCACCAGCUCCAGCAUCCUGCAGAUCGUACGCCUCAAAACCAAAAAUAGUAACAAGCAAGUCGGUAUCAAGAUCCCAGAAAACUGUGUGGCCCGUGUGCGAGUGGAGCUUCUCAAAAUGGAUGAGGAGGUAAAGAGGAGGCGCAAGGAGAGGGAGCAACAUGCCCAGGAGCAGAGGCUAGCCCAGCAGCGGCAGCUUCAGGACUUACACCUGCUUGCCAAGCCCUACAGCCAGACCCACACCCAGCCCCACAGCCUGUCUCAGAGCCACAGGACUCAGAACUUCUACCAGAGCCUGAUCCAGGCCAAGCCUUUACAGGUCAAGCCUCUACUCCAGCCCAAACCCCAGCCCAGCCCGAUCAACCAGCUCCCCAGCAUGGCCAGCAUCUUCUCCCACUUCCCCCACCACUUCCCCUCCCUGCCCCCAAUGCAGCCCGCUCCAACCUCCACCACCAAGCCCUUCCGGGUUGGGGAGGAGGUCCUGGACCUGACGGUGAGCUCCUCUCCCUCCCCAGACAGCACGGAGGGAGUCCUGGGCCUGAUCAGCCUGACAGGGGGCUCCGACUUUGACCUGGAGAGACUGAUAUCGCGGCACGCACUUGCCGCCCAGAACACAGCACACAUUCUGCAGCAACCUCUACAGCCACCGCUGAUCAAACAGCGGCAGCUACAGUCGCCACAGCAGAUACAACCACAGCUACAGCAGUGGUCAGAUCAGCCUUUAAUCAACAGCGCCCACCAGGACUACUAUAUCCUUGACCAUCCAGACUCUCUGCCUUACUCUCUGUCCAGCCAGACAGCUACUAACCCCUCCACCUCUUCUACCUCCUCCUCUUCCUCCAACACAGUGGCUCACGUCUCGUCCCCCUCCACCCCCUCUCACUUCUCCUCCUCGGCCCUUGCCCCCUCAGAACAGCAGCCCCUCCCUCUAACCAACAGCCACUGCAGCACGGACACACUCAUCAACGCGCGUGAGGUCCUGGACAACAUGAUGCGGACCAGUGCGGACCGCCAGUCGGUUAUCCAGUACCAGCCGAACGAAUGGGACUCUGCGUAACAACCUCUUCAGUGUGGCUGUCUGUCUGUCCUCUAGCUGCUGAGCGGGAACGCUCCCCUCAGGGCCUAGUCACACCACUGCCUGUCCUGUGCUCUUAUCUUCCCCAUCCCUCUCCAGGCUCUGGAUCCACAGGCCAGGGGCACGUUCACGAGACCAAAUGGUUUGGUCUCAUUCGGAGAUGGUGAACAAAUGACCCGGGUGGAAUUGGCCGGGUCCCUUCAUUGAGAGAGUAGGGGGGGCUCAAAACCACAGUUUCUACACCGAGACUUGACUCAUUUGAAGAAACACAAUUCCACCUGGGUUUCAUUUUGUUUUUAAGAAUAUCAAAAGCGCAUGUGCUUUUUAAAUGAUCCAUCACAGUUGGAAUUGUGUUGCUUUGUUGAGGAAAUCACAAUGUAUAAACAUAUUUUUCUAGAACCACCGCUUCCCCUUCUGGUUAUGUUGGGUAUCAUUGGUAACGUUGCUGGCUUCCAACUGCCUUUCAUGCACAUCUGUUGUGUGUUUGCUUUUCUGUGUUGCCUCAUCACCAUUGCAUCGACUUGAAUUGGGCUAUCUUGCAACGCUUGGUUUGUUUAAACCAAGGGCUCCACUCAAAAACUUCAAACUGGAAAAAUCAACACAGGGCAGAUUGGUUCAUAGGGGUGAAAUGUUUUAGUUUUAGCCCCUUCCUCUCCCUUGUGUCCCCCUCUCCCUGCAGUUUCUAUCAUCACUCACGCCUGUGUCUCGCUUUUUUUUUUUUUUUAAAGAAGGGAGGGGGAAAAGAAAAGUCUGCCAUUGUAACAGUGCCUUUGGAAACCUACUUAAAUGUAGUCUUUGAAACCCAUAUAGGCCUAAUGUAUAGAUUUAUACUCGAAGCAUUGGCAUCUUAAUUUAUUAUAUUUGUAUUUAACUUACCCCACUGAUGAAUCUAUGAUGGUGGUGGGCCAGGGAUAGCCCCCACACCACAACUCAGUAUGUGUAUGCCUGUCUGUGGACCCUACACUAUAGCGGAUCUUCAGCCCAUCGGCAGACUGUGUUGGAACCCUGCUUUCCCAGGCCUUGUGAUAAACCAAGAACAGGGGUUAGAUGGGAUAGAUACUGCUGGUUUAAUGCAAUUGGGUGGAUGGUUUUAAAAUGGUGUCAAAUAUCCUACUUUAAGUCUACACAACAUUCAUCCAACGAUGUGACCCAUGGUUUGCUUUUCAUUUGAAGUUCUCAGGAAAGUGUCGAGUGCAUUUGUUAUUUUGUUUUCAACUUUCUGACCAAUAUUAAUAUGAAUAUGUUUUAGUCCAUAUUAUAUGUAUAUCGUAUAUUACAUUUCAGAAUCUGUGAGAUCUGUCUGUCUUUGUGAAAUGGAUGCACUGUAUUUUGUUCAUGAGAAGCCUGGGUAAGUUCAACCAAUCAAAAGCAAUAAACAAGACAUUUUGAAUAGCAGAUGUUUUAGAAGUCCAAGUACUGUUUUAUGCUCCACAGCCGAAGGUUAUAGAUUCACCUGUGCAUGGUAAGAAUUGUAUUCCUCUUUCUUUCUGUUCUAUUCGUAGUCUGUAGUUAAAGACAUCUGAAAUACUUAUGAACUUUGUAUAAACAUUGUGAUGGGGAUAAAAGCAAUGUGCUCUUGAUGUUUUUGUCAUCCUUGUUAUUAUGAUAAUUAUAAUUGUUAUUUAUAUUUAAGGGACAUGUUGUUUUUAGAUUGUUAUCCUGAUGAUACUUUUGGUCAGGGAUGUUUCUAGUUUUCAAGAUUAUAAAAACAAAAAAAUAAGUUUAUAACCUGCCACCAAAUAAUAUUGCACUGUGCUGUACAGGGUGGUUGGUUUGUUUCUUUUCAGUUCUUUUAUCUGAUUCUGCUUGUGACUUAAGUAGAAUCGUUCCAACUUUUACAGCUUCUGCCAGAACUUUAGAAUGCAAAGAAAUACCAAAGUAUUCCACCCCCCUGUAGUUACUGGCUCGAUCUGACCUAUUAUAGCAAUCUCAGGAAGAAAUCUUAGACAUUUAUUGAUUGGCGGGGAGUUAAGAGAAAUGUUAUUGUUUUCUCUAACAACAGUGGUGAAACUAACCAAUACACAUUUUAGUACUAUUUUAUUUCUUCAUUCUGUGCUACGACUCUUGCUGUAUUUUUUUUUAAAUUGUUUUUUUUUUAAAUGUUUGAGACUUGUGAUGGGUUUGUUUGUCGGUAAGUGUUGUGAAUUGUUGGUGAUUUUAAGUGUUUAUGCUAUCUUAGGGCAAAGAUCAAAUUCUGUUUCUUUUAUGGAACAUUAUCUUUUGUCUUCUUUUUUUAAUACAUUUUAAUGCUGACAAAGAUUUUGAGCAGAUUUGCACUUGGAUAUACUUGUAUGUGCAGAUUCUUUACCCACUUUGACAGAUUCAAACAACCCAGACAUCCAAUAGCUCAGGCCUGUGUUCUCGUAGUUACCCAUCUCAUAGCCCUCUCUCUCUCUCUCUUGUGCUUCAGAUUGUCCUAAAUAUAAUUCCUCAUCAGGCACAUUCCAAUAAAUCCAAGCAUUUUCUCAAUCUAACAGUUUGUGUCCCAUGCUUCACCUAUGGCCAAUGGACUGUGUGGUAUAACGCUCACAUGAAGUUAAUAUGCAUUAUAAACCUGGGGAAACGGACAAACACGGUUUGAAAAAAUUAACUGCAAUUUAUCUUUUAGCUGGGUCUUUUUCAUUUUCCGAAAUUUGCACUAAGAAUGGCAUAAUCAAGUUACUGUUGUCUGUUAACAUUGAGAGUUGCAAGCUUGUUGUAUUCCUGACCUUUUGAUGGAUUGCAUUUUUGUAUAACUGUAACCAUCCUUGUUUCUUCAGCUUUAAAAAAAGAAAGAAAAAUAGUACACGUUUUUUUUGAAGUAUCACAUUAAAAUAAUUUAUUGCUAACAAAAACGAAACUAAAAACAUGCUACUGAUUGUAUGUAUUUUUAAACAAAGGCUAUUUUUUCUGUAAACUGUGUUCAGCAUUUUUAUUCUGGGUUGUGCUUUUGUUUUUCUAUAUAUUUAUAAUUUAGAUCGAAAUGUAUAUAUUGUAAAAAAAUAUAUUUAAAAAAGCCUUUCGACUAAUUCUUUAAAGGUUUUCUACUCAUAACAAAAGGAAGGAAUAUAUCAUAGUGCAAUCUUAACUUUGUAAUCCAACAACAAAUAAAACUGAAGAUUGCGAAAAUGGUGUUUACCUUUUUUUUAUUGUGAAUAAAGACCUUCUGGAGCGGC